GCUACCUAAUCCGAUCAAAUUUUCCCUUUCAUUCUUUAUGUUGGCCUGUCCCGUGAUCGCCGAUCUACCCUUUUACACUUCGAACACUUUAACAGUCACAAUUAUCUAAACAAAAACGUGUGAGAAAUUCGGCUCUGUUUUUGAACGAUUAACUUUUAUUUUACUGGAAUAAUAGUUAUUUAUCUAAAUAUCAUCCGAAUUUUUUCUUUCCUGAACUUAUAAUGUUAAAAACAAUCAGUCUUCAAACUGAUGGUGCGAACAAAAAAGCAGCUAAAAAGAUAACCUUUUUGGUAGAAAUUGCCAACUAUCUUGUGAACCAUCAAAUAGGUUUCCCGAUACGUGUUUUAGCAUUUCUUAUAUUAGCAUAUUUUAUUUUCCCCGGAGCAGAAAAAUUCUUUUUCCUUCAGCAUGGAGAUCCAAAAACCGGCCUUUAUAAGAAAGGAAAAGACGACGUGUAUCUUAUUUUCACUUGGAUUGCACUUUUUACUUUCUUACGUGCUGUUAUAAUGGAAUACAUACUUAUACCUACAGUAAAACUUGGCGGAAUAAAGAAAGUUAGUCAGCAAACAAGGUUUGCUGAACAAGGAUGGUCGUUUUUGUAUUAUUCAAUUUUCUGGACACUUGGUAUGUAUAUAAUGUCCAAAUCACCUUAUUGGUUUGAUACUGCAUAUUUUUGGAAAGGUUACCCACAUGUUGAAAUGCCGGGUCUUCUCAAGUGGUAUUAUUUAGUACAAUUGGCUUUUUGGUUUCAACAAGUUUUUGUCAUUAAUAUUGAAAAGAGACGAAAAGAUUAUGUUGAAAUGUUAGCCCAUCAUGCAAUUACUAUUUUAUUGAUCUGUAGUUCAUAUUCAAUGAAUUGGACUCGAAUUGGGAAUGCUAUUUUAUGUGUUAUGGAUUUUGCAGACAUUUUAUUACCAUUUGCUAAAAUGUUAAAAUAUUGCGGAUUCAAUACGCUUUGUGAUGUUGUAUUUGGAUUCUUUAUGAUUUCAUGGGUAGUGACGCGUCACUUCUUUUUUGGAUAUAUAAUAUACAGCACAAUGUUUGAAUCUACACAAUUUGUAGAACUUAAAUGGGACCCAGAAGAAGAACACUUUUAUUCAAGAAAGACGCAAAUAUUUUUCGUGACUCUUUUCUUAUUAUUACAAGCACUAAUUUAUUUUUGGUUUUAUUUGAUUUGCCGUGUUGCAUAUCGAGUAAUUAUGGGCGACAAUGCACAUGAUAAUCGAAGUGAAUCUGAACAUGAAGAAGCUGAAGCAAAUAUUAAUCCUGGCCAAGUAUAUGAUUCUACUUCUGAAGAUGACUUAAAUACAGAUAAUGAAGAUGUCAAUUCUGAGAGUUCUUCAUCACAGAAUGAAGUUGUUAAGGAUUGUAAAUUAAAAAAGAACUGAGAAAAAGGGGUCAUAGACUUAAUAAUAGAAAGUAAAUUUAUUUUUAACUUCAGCCAAUUUUUUAUUAUCUUAUAUAAUUUAAAUAAUACCUGAAGUAUUAUUAAAAAAAAUUCAUAAUUAAUUUAUGAC